CAUACUGUACACGAUAACAUGCGCAACGAGAGCGCAACAAUAGCGCAAUAGCUGGCAGCAGGAAGACUAAUGUCGCUCUCUUUGAUACCAUGUCAGGCAACAAUCAACACAUCAGCGGCUUAUCUGCAAGCGAUCAUUCUCAGCUCUUCGCUGGUCAGGCCCACGAUGUAUAUGUUGGCAAAAAUGAAGCUCUGAACGUUGUGCUCGACUCGCUGCCUACCGCUGCGGACGCGUCGUUCAACGCAUAUCAGCGACAACGCGACCGGACCUGCCUUCCCAAUACCCGCGUCGAACUCCUCCGAGAUAUAUACAACUGGGCUGAUGGACAAGACGGGCCAUAUAUCUUCUGGCUGAAUGGUCUAGCUGGUACAGGAAAGUCGACGAUUGCGCGCACCGUCGCCCGUCGAUACUUCGACCUGAAGCGCCUUGGGGCCAGCUUUUUCUUUUCGCGCGGCGGUGGAGAUGUCGGCCAUGCAGGCAAGUUCAUCACGAGCAUUGCGUUACAGCUGGCGAGCAGCAUUCCUUCUCUCGGUCAACUUAUAUGCGAAGCUCUCACGAAGCGCCGCGAUAUUGCAAGCCAGUCUCUUCGCGACCAGUGGCAGCAACUCAUCGUAAGCCCGCUGUCGAAGUUGGACGAGAGCAGUAGUCUAUCCUCGUAUGUUCUUGUCGUCGAUGCUCUGGAUGAGUGUGACAAUGACUACGAUAUUCGGACCAUUAUGGACCUUUUGACUGAAGCCCGAUCGUCAACGUCAGUUCGAUUGCGAGUUUUCCUGACGAGCCGACCGGAGGUUCCGAUGCGAUAUGGAAUUCACCAGAUACCGGAAGAUGAACACGAGGAUUUAAUGCUUCACAACAUAUCAUCCUCUAUUGUAGAUUACGACGUCUCUAUUUUCUUCGAGCACAAUUUCAAGCUCAUUCGGCAGGAACAAUCUCUGGACGUAGGCUGGCCGGGCGAAGAUGUUAUCCGAUGCUUGAUUCAGAUUGUAGGUGGAUUAUUUAUUUGGGCCGCAACUGCUUGUCACUACAUUCAAGAAGGCCUAUUCGCGGACGAAAGAGUACAGACUCUGCUGGAAAGCAGCACGUCUACCACUACCCCCGAAGAGCAUCUCAAUGAGCUCUAUACUACCGUCCUGAAGGAAUCCAUUCGGCCGGGAUACUCAGUGAAAGAAAAGGAAGUUUUGUGUGGCAUAUUACGACAUAUUCUAGGAAGCAUAGUGGUUCUCUUCUCCCCGCUCUCAGCAAAUUCCCUUCAGACGCUGCUCGGUGUCACAAAGCAAAAGAUUGAUCAGGUGCUAAGGGAUCUUCAUGCUAUUCUGGACAUUCCGAAAGUGGAUGUCCACCCGAUCCAUCUGCAUCACCCUUCGUUUCGUGACUUUCUCCUCAACAACAAAAGAUGCGAAGAUCCGAUUUUCUGGGUGGACGAGAAGCAGGCACAUCAAGUUUUGGCUGACAGAUGUAUACAGCUCAUGUCGACAUCACUCAAACAAGACAUUUGUGGGGUGGAUGCUCCGGGCAUGCUUGUAGCCAAUAUCGAGAGAACUCGGCUUAAGCAGAGCCUUCUUCCCGAAGCCCAAUACGCUUGUCGAUACUGGAUCGAUCAUAUUCGGAGGAGUGGCAUCCAGCUCCGCGAUAACGGUCAAGUACAUCUUUUCUUACAGGAGCAUCUUCUUCAUUGGCUCGAGGCUCUUGGGUGGAUGGGAAAGGUGUCGGAAGGUAUUCAUGCUCUCGCGGCUUUAGAAUCAUUGGUUUCUUCUAAUGGUUGCCCAGAUCUUUGGAGCUUUAUCCACGACGCGAAGCGCUUCGUCCUCUAUAGUCGGCGUGCUAUAGAGCAGGCUCCACUCCAGACGUACUGCAGUGCUCUCGCAUUUGCACCGAUAAGGAGCAUAAUAAGAAAACAAUUUGCGAGUUGUACAUCUAGAUGGAUACGAAGGUUGCCAAAGGCCGAGGAGAAAUGGAAUACAUUGCUACAGUUGCUCGAGGGCCAUUCGGGCGGGGUCACCGCUGUGGCCUUCUCGCCGGACGGUAAGACGCUGGCGUCGGCUUCGGACGACCGCACGGUCAGGCUAUGGGACGCUUGGUCGGGCGCCGCACUACAGGUGCUCAAGGGCCAUUCGCGACCGGUCACCGCCGUGGCCUUCUCGCCGGGCGGUAAGACGCUGGCGUCGGCUUCGUGGGACGGCACAGUCAGGCUGUGGGACGCCGGGUUGGGCACCGCAUUGCAGACGCUCAGGGGCGAUUCGCUUUGGGUCCGUGCCGUAGCCUUCUCGCCGGACGGCAAGACGCUGGCGUCGGCUUCGGACGAGGUCAAGCUGUGGGACGCCGGGUCGGGCGCCGCCCUACAGACGCUCAAGGUCCAUUCGCGCUGGGUCCGCGCCGUGGCCUUCUCGCCGGACUGUAAGACGCUGGCGUCGGCUUCGGGGAACCGCACGGUCAAGCUCUGGGACGCCGGGUCGGGCGCCGCCCUGCUAACGCUUAAGGGCCAUUCGCGUUCGGUCCGCGCCGUGGCCUUCUCGCCGGACGGCAAGACGCUGGCGUCAGCUUCGGGAGACCGUACGGUCAAGCUGUGGGACGCCGGGUCGGGCGCCGCCCUACUGACGCUUAAGGGCCAUUCGCACUGGGUCCGUACCGUGGCAUUCUCGCCGGACGGUAAGACGCUGGCGUCGGCUUCGGACGACCGUACGGUUAGGCUAUGGGACGCUUGGUCGGGCGCUGCACUGCAGACGCUUAAGAGUUAUUCGCAUUUGGUUAGCGCCGUAGCCUUCUCGCCGGACGGCAAGACGCUGGCGUCGGCUUCAGGGGACCGUACGGUCGGGCUAUGGGACACCGGGCCGGGCGCCACGCUACAGACACUUAAGGGCUAUUCGAGUUCGGUCCGCGCCGUGGCCUUCUCGCCGGACGGUAUGACGCUGGCGUCGGCUUCGGGCGACGGCACGGUCAAGCUAUGUGACGCUGAGUCGGGUACCACGCUGAAGACGCUCAAGGGCCAUUCGCGUUCGGUCGUCGCCGUGGCCUUCUCGCCGGACGGCAAGACACUAGCGUCGGCUUCAGGGGACCGUACGGUCAAGCUGUGGGGUGCCGGGUCGGGUGCCGCCCUGCAGACGCUCAAGGGCCAUUCGCGUUCGGUCAGCGCCGUGGCCUUCUCGCCGGACGGCAAGACGCUGGCGUCGGCUUCGUGGGACCGCACGGUCAGGCUAUGGGACGCCGGGUCGGGCGCCGCAUUGCAGACUCUUAAGGGCCAUUCGCGUUCGGUCCGUGCCGUAGCCUUCUCGCCGGACGGUAAGACGCUAACGUCGGCUUCGUGGGACCGCGCGGUCAAGCUGUGGGACGCCGGGUCGGGCGUCGCGUUACAGACGCUUAAGGGCUAUUCGCGUUUGGUCAGCGCCGUGGCCUUCUCGCCGGACGGCAAGACGCUAGCGUCGGCUUCGGACGACCGUACUGUUAGGCUGUGGGACGCCGGGUCGGGCGCCGCGCUACAUACGCUCGAGGGCCAUUCGGGCGGGGUCGAUGCCGUUGCCUUCUCGCUGGACGGUAAGACGCUGGCGUCGGCUUCGGGCGACCGCACGGUUAAGCUAUGGGACGCCGGGUCGGGCGCCGCACUGCAGACGCUCGAGGCCCAUUCGGGCGGGGUCGCCGCUGUGGCCUUCUCGCCGGACGGUAAGACGCUGGCGUCGGCUUCGUGGGACCGCACGGUCAGGCUAUGGGACGCCGAGUCGGGCGCCGCGCUCAAGGGCCAUUCGCGUUCGGUCAGGGCCGUGGCCUUCUCGCCGGACGGCAAGACACUAGCGUCGGCUUCAGAGGACCGUACGGUCAAGCUGUGGGAUACCGGGUCGGGCGCCGCGCUGCAGACGCUUAAGGGCCAUUUAGACUGGGUCCACGCCGUGGCCUUCUCGCCGAACGAUAAGACGCUGGCGUCGGCAUCCGGGGACGGCACGGUUAAGCUAUGGGGCGUCGGGUCGGGCGCCGCACUACAGACACUCGACGGCCAUUCGCGUUCGGUCAACGCUGUGGCCUUCUCGCCGGACGGUAAGAUGCUGGUGUCGGCUUCAGAGGACCAUACGGUCAAGCUGUGGGAUGCCGGGUCGGGGGCCGCGUUGCAGACACUUAAGGGCUAUUCGAGUUCGGUCCGCGCCGUGGCCUUCUCGCCGGACGGUAUGACGCUGGCGUCGGCUUCGGGCGACGGCACGGUCAAGCUAUGUGACGCUGGGUCGGGUACCACGCUGCAGACGCUCAAGGGCCAUUCGCGUUGGGUCAGCGCCGUGGCCUUCUCGCCGGACAAUAAGACGCUGGUGUCGGCUUCGGGGGACGGCACGGUCAGGCUGUGGGACGCCGGGUCGGGCGCCGCGCUGCAGACGCUCGAGGUUGGCGCCGUCGUUAAUACUCUGGCUGUCUCUAAUGAUGGUUCCUUUCUCCAGACUGACCGGGGAUCCGUACCAAUUCCACCUUUCUCUUUGCCUUCAGAUGCUAGAGCUAUAGCUAGUUCACAGCUCCCGCCUUCCAUUUUUGUCGAUGACCAAUGGGUAAGUCGCGGUACCGAGCGGGUCCUUCGGCUCCCCCCGAAGCAUCGGCCAAGCCAUAUUGCUGUUCAUAGGGACACUGUUGCCUUCGGGUUCCAAUCUGGAAGAGUUGCGAUGAUGAAAUUUGCUUUGUGAUAUGCUCUGAAGCUUUUCUUCAAUCUCCUUCACGCCCACCUCUUUUGCAAAUGCUGUCUUUUCAUACCGCGUGGAGAGCUCAGGUGGCGAGAACAAUAUUUAAAUUAGGAACAUAAAGGCUUUGAAAUCAAAUUGUGCCUUAAGGCGAUAGCAACUCAUGUUAGCAAAGCUGUCAGGACACACGAGGGGUGGAACUAGGAAAGUAGCACACGAGUA